AUGAUUCUCUCUGAACCGUUCAUACCUGGUAUAUUGUUGAAUAAUACAGCCAAAUCAUGGGUACAAUUUUCAUAUGAGCACCUUCCAACACUCUUCUAUAGGUGUGGACUCAUUGGACAUAUCUCUGAUGAAUGCCCAGUGUUCAUUAGUACUCAACAUGCACUACAGGAUACCAACCAUCCUCUAUUUCCUUACCACCGACUCAACAGUAAGAUGAGAGCUUCUAGACCAAAACCUCAAUUCUCAUACCUGUCAUCCACCUCUUAUUACCGUCCCACUACAAUUUCAUCAUCAACACCACCACCCAAGCUAAACCCAACCCUCACCCCUGUAAACCCUUUGCCAAAUCAAUCACCAAAAUUUCAACAACAAUCACCAACACCGCCACCCCCUUACUCAACACCACCAACUCCUCCGAAAAGUACUAUUGUUCGCCCGCUACCGACUAUACUGAAGCCAUGCAUGAAUCAACAAAGUACAAACUGGACCCCGCCAAAACUACAUCAAUCAUAUCCCAUUGCAGGUACUGACAGCAGGCCAUCACUAUCCAGCAGCGGAAAAUAUGCAAGUUCUUCUACUGACAAAAGAAAGAACGAUGAAAUCAUGUCCGCUCUGCAAAAAGGUAAGGGUCACCCAGAAAUCGGAUCCGGACUCGGAUCUGGGUUCAAAAUCUUCGAACUCGAGGCAUCUACUCACAAGGAAGUGAGCUCGGCAUGUAGAAAAGCCUCAUCAUCAACCCACAUCCCAAACCCGUUGCUAGGCGGUCCAAUCCACUUUGGCAUACCUAUACCAAACCCAGAAACCACAACCCAUCAAAGUCUUCAACUAUGGAUAAGGGGAAAGACUCUGGAUAAUGCUCUAGAUGUGCCGCACACAAUUGUCAGUAUGGUGAUCACAGAAGUUGAUGGGAUCCCACAUGUGAAAGUAACUCACAAUCUAGUUCAACCACCGGAACCAAAUCCAGAACCAUCUCCAGAGAAAUUUCUUGACCCAAAGUUGCAAACAUAUAAAAGGAGAGAACAGCACCAAAGAAAAGGAACCCCAAAACAUCUCGACCUUCCACCAACUCCAGAUUUUGCAGCUCAGCCACCACAACCAAAAGCAAGAAAAAUUCUUUCACUUUCCACGCUACAACCUGAGUCAACCAUAUCCUUCCAACAUCAAUAUGAAGUGCCCACAACAAGGAGUAGGAAAGCCAGAGAAUCACAGAAUGCAUCACAGUACAACCAACAGGAAGACAAAGGAAAAUCAACAACUGCGGAAGAAAAAGGCAACACAGCCUCCACCAAAAUAUCUCCAGCUUGGCAGCUAUCUCUUGAUGAAGAAGAGACUGGUGCAAGAGCUUCAAGUUACAGCAAGAGAGCAACUGGCAAGAGCCAGGGCUCGCAAAAGCAAUGA